UGGCCAGCCUUCUUGAGUUCCGCGUUGGUUUAGCGGAGAGCAAAGGAGGGCGUUCGGGUUUCGCGUUCAGCACGGCGGGAGCCUGUCAGGAGCAGGAUGGCGGCUUCGGGCGAGGCGCGCCGGGUGCUGGUGUACGGCGGCAGGGGCGCUCUGGGCUCGUGCUGCGUACAGGCCUUCCGGGCGCGCAACUGGUGGGUCGCCAGCAUCGACGUGGUGGAGAACGAAGAGGCCAGUGCCAGUGUCAUUGUUAAAAUGUCAGACUCAUUUACAGAGCAGGCUGACCAGGUCACUGCUGAGGUUGGAAAACUCCUAGGUGACCAGAAGGUGGACGCAAUUCUCUGUGUGGCUGGAGGAUGGGCUGGGGGCAAUGCCAAAUCCAAGUCACUCUUUAAAAACUGUGACCUGAUGUGGAAGCAAAGUAUAUGGACAUCCACCAUCUCCAGCCACUUGGCCACAAAGCACCUGAAGGAAGGAGGUCUCCUGACCCUGGCUGGAGCCAAAGCUGCCUUGGAUGGGACUCCUGGGAUGAUCGGCUAUGGCAUGGCCAAGGGCGCCGUCCAUCAGCUCUGCCAGAGCCUUGCAGGGAAGAACAGUGGCAUGCCACCCGGGUCGGCUGCCAUUGCUGUGCUCCCGGUUACCCUGGAUACUCCGAUGAACAGGAAAUCAAUGCCAGAGGCAGACUUCAGCUCUUGGACACCCUUAGAGUUCCUGGUUGAAACCUUCCAUGACUGGAUCACUGGGAACAAACGGCCAAACUCAGGAAGCCUAAUCCAGGUGGUAACUACAGAAGGGAAGACAGAGCUUACGCCAGCAUAUUUUUAAGCCUCGUCUCAGUGCCUGGGAGGGCCCUCCUGAAACAUCACUAAUGUGUUUGUGUCAUCACAACUGGCCCCAUGUUUUCUGUAUUCUGUUUGUGGUACUGAUAACCAGUCCCAUUUGUCUCUUACAUAGCGUUUCCUAUGCUGUUCAAGGAUGGCGUGGUGUCUAUGGAAAAUGAGCAGAGGCCCGUAGGUCGCACUGUUAGUGCUGAGGGCCCAGGAAGGUGUGUGGGCAGGAUGCAUCAUGGCAUCCUGGAUUGCUUUGGAGACCCCUCUGAUAGUCCUCUUAUUUUUUGCCAUUUGGGGCACUUUGAAGUCCAACUUGUUUUUUAAUUCCAUGUUGGUACCACGUAGUUUUUGUGGCCUGAAGUUGAACUGCCUUGAAAAUUCUUUUGUGAUAUAGGCAAAACCCAGUGGACUCUGUCAUGGCAUCCUUUUGUGUCCCAGCCUAGGCUAAGUGUGAGGAGAACCACUUGUGAGUGUUUGUCGUGUUUUCCCUAAUAAACACACUUCAUGUCU